GUAGGAUUUUAAAGAGAGAGAGGACAAGUAGGAUUUUAAAGAGAGAGAGGAAUAAAAAUGCAUUCAGUGGGUAUACAUUCCGCAAUGGCCAUUAAGCGGCAAAGAAAACGACGAGAUGAACAAAAAAGAGCACGAGAAAGGCGUUAUAGCACGCAAAGUUCCGAGAGUGGCGAAACAUUUCAUUCACCAACGGGAUCCGUGAGACGCAAAUAUCAUCUUCCCCAUCAUGCAAUAAAGCCCGGAACUGGAAUGCUUGACAGCCAGGUAGUUACUAGUAUUGGAAUGUUGCAUAUUGGAAUUGUGUUCGUUGUAUUUGGAGUUUUUCUUUGCGGAGCUGGUAUUAUUCCAGAUGAAACUAUGUCUUGGAAUGUAUUUAGUUCUAGCUCAGCAUGGUGGAAUGAAGUGACCUGUACUGGCUUAUUUUCCUUCGGAUUGGGACUAUUUUUAUUAAUUUUAAAUUGUCUUAUAAGUCGAAAAGAAGAGGAGGACCUUGAAGACUACGUGCAUCGUCAGCUGACUCGAUCUCGUUCCGGACACCGACUUGAGCGCGAUGUAGAAACAGGAGUACUGACCACGCGUCAUGCUCGAAAAGCGGUUGCCUUACAACAAAGUGGGCGGCAGAACUCUCCCACAGAUGUAGCUGUCGUAAAUUGCGGCUCUACAGAAACAAUAUGCAAUGGAACAAUAGUUGGACGAAAUGGAUUAAAAAGCUCUGAUGUCAUUCUUGAAAAAAUUGUGGAGGAGGAGACUAAUUAUUUAAAUGACCGUAGUGCUGGAAUAUCACCGAUUGAAAUAGAAAAUGAUACCAAGCAGCUGUUAGGAAGAGAAUCUAUAAAUGAUGUAAUAAAUAUAACACGAAUAUGAAAUUUUGUAUUUAAAAAGUUAUGUAAAAGUAGUACAUUUAUAUCUUUAAAGCUUUACAAAUAAUAUAUAAUAUAAUCAGAUUAAAUUCAUUUUUAAAUAAUAUUUUAAAACGUCAUACGGAAGUUCCACAGAAAUCGCAGAGCACCCAUUCAGUGUUUCUUGUGUGCAUCAAUAAAAAUUUUAUAAGACUUAGAUCUUAUGCGAUUUUUGUGGCACCACUGAUUAUCUUACCGUAUCGUAAUUCCAUUACAGUGUAAUUAAUAUCUGUAAAUUUACUCUAAUGGUAACGUAAAUAAAAGAAAUUAGGUUAAUAUAAAACCGAAACAUAUUAGUACACUUAGGGCCGCUUUCAAGUCCGUAUGUUAAACUAAAAUAAAGUUGUAAACUCCCAGUUGAAUACAUUUUCUAAGUUUAAAACCUACUUUAAGUUAAACAUGCGGAAAAGAAAACCCGUCCUAAGAUGCCCAAUAUCACAGCAAAUUCAACUGCAGAGCAUAAUUUUAGUUUGUUAAGGUAUCAAGUGAAGAACUGUAUUGAUAAAUCAGAAGUGAAAAAAUUUAUUCAAUCUUAUUAAGAGUUAUAUAAGAAAAUGUAUUUAUUUAAGGUAUCUCAUGUUUGACUGAUCGAAUCCUUUUGGGCUUACAUUUUGUACUUUAAUAUACUUUUAUAUACAUUUUUACCUUCAUACCAAGAAUAAUUCUUAACAUACACGUCUUACUUACUUUUAUUACCAUAUGCUUCUUUUUUAUAUUUUAUUUAAAAAAUCAUCCAAUAAAAGGAAAUAAAAAAUACGUAUAUGUACUAUUAUUAUUUUUAUUAUUACAAAGUGGCAUACAAGAAAAAAAAACUGUUUACAUACAUUUAGUCCAGUAAUGUUCUAUAUUACACUAUUAUACAAUAAAUUUUAGCUCGAUGGCUGCUAGCAAAACGUAUUCGCUUUGAAUCGCCAUAUUAAACUGUGUUCAUUAAAAAGAUCGAUAAUGCAAGAACUCUUGGAAACGGACCUCAAAGUUGAAAAUUAAUUUUUUUUGCCUUUUUAAAUCGGAAUUACAGAGUUUGUUAGUUCGUCAAAACAUUUAAGAAGUUCUACUCUUUAAAAUAAUGUUAGAAUUUUUUAAGGGAUAUUUAACGAUCGCACCUUCAACAUACAAAAGUUCUGAUAUCAACCUUUGUGUCGAAUGUAUAUAUAAUAUAAAAUAUUGAUUAUUAUUUUGAUAUAAAAAAAUCAAACUUUACUUUAUUGAGUUGGAUUAAGAAAUGAUUUUAAUUAAGCUAAAAAAUUAUUCAUUAUGACUAGCGUCGAUCCAUCGCUACCACCGUCUCUGUUGCUGCUGCCGUUUCUGCUAACGUUCUUUAUUAUCAUUGGCUGCUGCUCUUCAUCGCUGUCGCUGUUGACCAAAUUUAGUUAUCAUUGGCCAAUGCAUUUAAGUUAUAUGGGUGUUAAGUGUUCCCUCCUUAAACGCGACUGUCAUCGGUCGCAACGUAGUAGAGUAUAGGUCCGGAAUGUGGAGGAUUUUCUUGCGUUUCUGGAAUGAAAGCCGAUGUACUUUCCGUUGACUUCUGUCUUCGUAGGAGUUCCGUGAUCGAUCCUAUUAUUAGUAGAAGUAGGAUGAUGGCGGAUCCGUAACUAACGGAAGAUUCUAUAGUUGUUUUGCUUCUUAGUUUUCCAAGCGCUUUUGUGUUGUUGAUAUUCCCUUCAGUUCUGCAGUAGGGACGCGGUGACAUGGCUCAAGGCAAAAAGCUUUUUUUU